UAUUCUGAUUAGAGGAGGCUGUGCAGCUUAUCUGACCAUACCGUACUUAUCGCGUAUGGUAAGAUAUAGCCUGUGGCUGCGCAGUCAUGUGAUAUUUACGCCUGAGGUUGCUGUGGACGGCAGAACCACACUUUCUUGUUUGUUGACGGUGUUCCUGUUUGUUCGCAACAGGAGAUCUCGACCAACAACCACGCCGCGGCAUCCAACAAGACCAUGGUUGCUUCUACGCAUCAUCUUUAAGAGUCGCUUGUAUUGUUGUUACUUGUCAACCUUUAGUACCUUAUUGCGACUUCAUCUGCGUCGCGACGACUGCGUGUGUCCCUUCUGAUACGUCCCUCUUGCUCUUGCCUUCACUACGAAGCGGCAUCCAUCAUGCCCCGCGUCUCAAAACAUCGCCGCUCAAAUGGCGCCGCCACUCCCCAAAAGAACUCACCCCUCAAGAUACCUCUGAACGAUGAUAUCGGGGAAAAGGCGGCUCGUAUGGAGGCCAGACAGGCUCGACAUGACCGCCAGAUGGACCAAAUCAAGGCCGCCGUAAAGACACCAAUGCCGCCGCGCAGGUAUACCACCUAUGAUCGUUCGAGCAUGAGUCCUUCCACACCUCAGGGAUCCGGCCAUCGCAAUCGAGAUAGUGAUGCUCACGGGCGCCGAGGGGUGACUCCCAUGAAGCGCGUACCGAUCCUCGCGAACUUCGAAGAAUGGAUGAAAAUGGCGACCGAUAACAAGAUCAAUGCCACGAACUCUUGGAACUUCGCCUUGAUUGAUUAUUUUCAUGACAUGUCACUUCUAAAGGAAGGUGAUAGUGUGAAUUUCCAAAAGGCUAGCUGUACAUUGGAUGGCUGCGUCAAAAUUUAUACUAGCAGAGUCGACAGUGUAGCCACAGAGACUGGGAAGCUUCUGAGUGGUCUGGCUGAUAGUAGGGACAAAAAGGCCCGCGAGACCGAGGCGGAAGGCGAAGGUGCCGAAGAUGACGAGGAAGAUGGUGAAGAGGGCGGUACUAGGAGGUCACGACGCAAGCGCGCCCACGAGGCUACCCUAGCCCCUUCGUUUUCCUCCCUCCAACUCAAAAAAUUUGAACUCGAGUUCUCGGUUGAUCCGCUAUUCAAAAAGGCGUCUGCGGAUUUUGACGAAGGUGGUGCCAAGGGUCUACUUCUCAACCAUUUGUCCAUCGAUGGACAUGGUCGGAUCGUGUUUGAUAGUAGCGAUGACGCCGCGGAAGCUUCAAAAGAUACAGAGGAUACUCGAGCAGAGUCCGAAGCCCCUGAGCAGGCCGAGUCUACUCAGCCCGCGGAACAGGCCCGUGACGACUCCUUCGACGCAGGCGUGGAAAUCGAUAUUGCCCCAUUGGCCAGCAAGUUCUUUCCAAAUCUAGAUCUUCUUGAGUCGCAAGACAUUUGUCCUUCUUUGAAGAAUUUUGAUCUAGGUGACCCAAGUGGCUCGCUUGAUAUUCCACUUUUGAAAGCACCUGAAGAAUGGCGCCAUGACAAGGGACAGGAGGAGGGGCACCCGUCAAACGAAGCAUCCGGAAUCAUGCUAGAUGAUGAUAAUGCUGUUGGGUUCGAUGACGAUGACGCCAGUCUGGCUGGUUUUGACCUCGGCGGUGACGCUGGGUUCGGCGAUGGUGGCGAGGCUUGGGCUCGUGAGGCCGCCCUCGAGCCUAUGCUAAAGGUGCACCGCAUGGAUAUUGAAGGCGAAGACGCUCAUGAUGGUGGGGAUGUCGAUAACGAUGAUGCCUAUGCUAUCUCUCUUCGCCAUCAGCCCGAUAGCCGGGAUCACGAGAACAUUCUCAGCUAUUUCGACAAUGCCUUGCAGAAGAACUGGGCUGGUCCCGAACAUUGGAAGAUUCGCCGAAUCAAGGAGACUACCGCUGCGAAUUCAAACACAGUACCCAAGCAACGAAAAGAAAAGGAGCCAUUUGAGAUUGACUUUUCCGCGCCACUUGAUCCAACUAUCGCCGAGCUGAUAUACACACCAGCCAGCUCCAACUCCACCAUCUCCCUUCCCAAGACUCAAUGGAAGACCAAAGGCCGUAACCUACUCCCGGAUGACAAGCACUUUAACUCACGGCAGCUGCUGCGUCUUUUCCUCAAACCAAAGGCAAAGAUGGGUUCAAGGAAGCUGACAGGCCCACGUAACUUCAAUCAGCGUCGCCAGGAACAAACUGCUGGCAAUGGUGAUAUGGAUGAAGCAUUCUGGGCAAACCACAAGACUGAAGAUAAUGCCGGCGAAGAGGAGGCAGCUCCUGGGGCGUACGAUGCCAACUUUUUCGCAGAUGAUGAUGGACUUGCAUUUCCAAAUGGCAUUGGACUGGGUGAUGAUGACGAUGACAACCUUCCCUUUGCUGACGCGAGAGAAAUGCUGUCCCCUGCGCCCGAUGCAGGUACAGCAGCCGGGGAGGCUGGUGGGGCCACGGGCCUUGCCGCUUUAUUGAAUAUGGUCGGCGCGACUCCUGGAGGUCCAAAUCAAGGCUUUGGCUCACAGUUAGUUACGCAAGGUGGCCGUAGAGCACGACCUGACUACGUCGCAUACGCGCGAGUCGCGAAGAAGGUCGAUGUUCGCAGGCUCAAAACAGAAAUGUGGAAGGGUAUGGGCAAUCGUUUGAUAUCCGAGAUGGAAUCCCCACCCCAGUCCGUUCCCAAUCCACCUGAAGAAUCCCAUGAUACGGAUGACGAUGGCCCGCCGACGCCUACGCCAAAACGCCCCAGACUAUCUUCGGACCUGGAGGAUCCUAAGGAUAACGGAACGUUACGAUUCACUGACAUCAUGAACUCACUCAAAUCGGUCUAUGCCCCAGAGACGCUGCGUGAUAUCAGUACAUCAUACGGAUUCAUCUGUCUCCUUCAUCUGGCCAACGAACAGGGCCUCGUCUUACACAAUGAUGACGCGUCUAAUGGUCUCGGGUCAGGCCGGCUUGAAGAGAUUUUCGUCAGGAAGGAUGAAAAUGCCAUAAUUGACGAAUCAGGUGCAUAAGUUAGAACAGCUGCGCUUUGGCCCUUUCAUGCGUGUACAGUGAACAUUCUGAUAUCCCUAACUUUCAGUAUUGGGUGUUACGAGAGGCUAUAUGAGUCAAGUCGUCUAGAUCUUAAGUUAUGGGCUUGGAUUCAUCUCGCAGGAGUUUGGUUGGUGGCUUGGUACGUUCUUAUGGUAGCUCUAGGUUGUUUAUUUUGGGGCCAAACCCCUUCUACUUCCAGUAAAGAUUCAACUUGACUUGCCUCUUUGCGUUGAUCUGCUGCGUAGUGAGCUACAAACAGUUGAGGCAUAGUUAAUAGCUGGUCCCAUAGACUAACUCCUGCGAUAACAUUGGGAGUCUAUAGUCUAACUGACCCUUCCGACACCCUUCACGAUUCUGAAAGGCCUGACUCUGAAGGUUAGCGGAAGGGUCAGUUAGAGCUACGCAGACUACGUUAAGGACAACUUGACCUAUGACAGUUCAUAUUUCAUGGUUAGAACAUAGACCUCGUCGUAAUCGAUGUAAACGAGCGGAAGCUCCCCAACGUAUUGAAACCAGGUAAAUACUUCCUGACAUUGACUUGAAACUCGACUCGCUCAGUGGUAUGAUAUGAUUUGGUAUAUAGACAUAGACAUAAAGAACGUAAAGAGGGAGGAUUGGAAUCGUUAGUCUUCGAUAUCGACAUGUAACGGCACCCAAAACAAAAAGAGAAGUAAAAAGGGAAUAUUAGAUAAGCGUAGCAUAUCGGUCGUCCAGAUCCAGUCAGGCUUCUUCCUUUGGCUUCGUUCGGUAACAGCAAUGAGAGAAAGGAUAUAUAUGCGCCGCCAAUGAACUCCAGAAUAUACAAAGCCUUUGGGCCCAAUCUGCUAGGGUCUUGUCCGGCCGACUCCACCUGCAUUUUUAAAAGAUCGCUGGUAGUUUUCGCAUCAAAAGGUGGUGACCUUUCAACCUACUAACUUACUGGCGGACCCCUUGAGGAAAGCUAGGUGUCAUCGGGCUGGCAUAAGCCCCUGGAAUUGGGACAGCCUCGUAUGUUCGCUCGCCUGGUGCAGCGGCCAUGUGUUCCUGGGGAGGAGUCGGGGUCGGAGAGGGAGCGGAGAACUCCCCUUGCUCCGUCUUGGGGGUAGCAUGCUGCACACGGAUGGGAGGCGGCUGGAGUUGGAAGGUGGGCUGGGGUCUCGUUGGCGAAAUGGGAGUCGCAAAUUGCGUGGGCGUUGCUUCUCCCUUUUCUGCUGCGGAGUACGGGUCCUUCAUUGUUGUUGACACCCACGGUGACUUGGGGGUGUAUGGGAAACCCGGGGUAUUGGGGGCGGAUUGAAGUCGAAGCUGGGCGAGAUACAAGUCUGAUCGAGCCUUGUCUCGACGAUCCAUGGACUUGGCGAGACGCCGCUUAGACCAGAAUCGGUAAAAGACAACAGCGUAGAUGAGAAUGAUCAACACCUCGAUAACGACUUCAAUGACUGCGCAUACCAACCCCCAGUCCUGU